ACAAAGAAAUAUAAAGGGUUACCUUAGUAGGAAUACUGAAGUCCUUAUUUAAUUUGAUCAGUAGAUCUAAAUGUAUUGUAGAACUAGAAAUUGUAUAAUCCUGACCUGAAUAAUUUUAUUUCAUACAUUUGUCACUGUUUAGAACUGUUCACUAUUUAGGGGAGACAGUGUGUAAGCGGCUGGAUAGCUCAGUCGGUAAAGCUGUGGUAUGGUAUUUCAAGGGUCCCGGGUUCAAGUCCCGGUCAGGCUGCACAUGUUUCUCACCCUGUGACAUGGGGGACUUAAUGAUCAAUUCUGUGCAUGUUAGUGGUAUCUUAUUACUUAGAUUCGGGACAGGAGCAGUAAUUUAAUGGUUGGCUAUAACCCAGAACUCAAACUAACUGAGCAGGAUUAUGUUAUUGCAGCUGCUUCUAGUAAUGCUGUGGCAAGGGCUGUAACUCAACCAUUUGAUGUUCUCAAAAUCAGAUUUCAGCUUCAAAUUGAACCAAUAUCUAAGUCGAGCUCAUCAUCAAAGUACAAUGGUUUGUAUCAAGCAUUCAGGUGUAUUGUGAAAGAGGAAAGUUACAGAGCAUUAUGGAAGGGACAUAUACCAGCUCAGGUGCUGUCUGUUGGCUAUGGAAUUGUGCAGUUUUCAGUAUUUGAAUACACAACCAAGGUAGCAUGGGAGAUAUUACCAGAGAAAUAUGGGAAAGAAUAUCGUCCACUGACUCACCUGAUAUGUGGUGGUAUUUCAGCAUGUUUUUCUACUAUGACUGUACAGCCAGUUGAUGUAUUAAGGACCAGAUUUGUCGCUCAGGGAGAACCUAAGACCUACACAUCACUCAACCAUGCUGCCAGAUCUAUUUAUAGAGUAGAAGGUGUGAGAGGAUUUUAUAAGGGUCUCACACCUGCUGUUAUAGGUAUAGCUCCACAGAUGGGACUACAGUUCGGAUUCUAUGCACUUCUUCAAAACGUAUGGAAUACAGUGUUUAAUCUUCCUCAAGGCCAUCAUCCAGAUACCAUUGAAAGUUUUAUUUGUGGCUCAGGAUCCGGAUUUUUCAGCAAGCUAUUAAUUUAUCCCCUUGAUUUAAUGAAGAAACGUCUGCAAAUUCAAGGUUUUGAGGAAGCAAGACAUCGAUUUGGAAAGGUCAGCAAGUACAGUGGACUGGUACACUGUAUAAAAACUUUGGUAAAGGAAGAAGGUAUUCUUGGACUAUAUAAAGGAUUGAGUCCCAGUCUAUUGAAAGCUAUGUUUGUUUCAGGCACUAUAUUUUGUGUCUAUGACCAGAUAUGUUUAAUUCUUAAUUUAAGACAUGGUUGAUUACAUUUUAUAUCAUUAUUUUGUUAAAUAUUGAUAUAUAAAAUGUUAUAUCAUUUUUUUGUUAAAUAUUUUUAGAAAACAUGUUAAAGUCCAAUGUUGGUAAUUUUCGGUACAGAUUAUUUGUUGGGAAAUAAAGAGAAAUCAAGCUUAAAAUAUUAGUCCAAUAACGGUUACAUAUAGAGGAUAUUUGAUUUUUGUGCAUGUAAAAUCAAAAUAUAUUUCACAGAAUGAACGCCAGAUGCAAUAUUUUCAUUAGUUUAAUAGUGACAUUCUCAGGGGUAUAUCAGCCCGGUGAUCAUGAGUGAAUACUCAUAUUAUUUAUUAUUACAUUAAAAACAAACAUUUUCUAUUUGUUUAAAUUUUUAUAGCAGUUCUAAGUCAUUUUGACAGAUUAUUACUGUGUUUCCUACAUGAAGUCAUCAGACCAUGAUGCCACAAUUUUUUCAUAGUGAAAAAAUAAUGCUGAAAGAUAUCACAAAAUUGUUCCAGUUUCAAAUUGGGAUGUGCAUAUACAUGUACUUUAUCUUAUGUUCUUGAAACUUGAAAUUGAGCAUAUUUUACUUGCAAUGUAAUGUAGUCUAAUUUUCAUGAUAUUUUCAUUUUUGUCUUAAUAAAUUCUUUUCAUAUGAAUUUAAAUAAAGUUAUAAUAUUUUGAUCAUUUUACUGUGAAAUAAUACUGAAAAGCAUGUAACAAUGUGUUUUAUUCAUAUAAUUUAGUUUUUUUACACCUAAACUAUAUCUAGAAAAUUACUCAUUACUUAUAUUUACUGACCCUAGAAAAAUAGUAACAAUAUGUUUUGUGUGUAACUUUAUAUCUUAUUAAUCAUUAAAGGUAUUGGUUAAACAGAAUACAGAAUACUGGCAUGACUAACCAAACCUUAAUAUCAUUUAUUCUUAUUUAAAUUAACAUAUAUCCUUUGUAAAGGUAUUCUUUUUAUUUAGCUAUUGAAAUGAUACUUUUUUAGCUCUUGAAAUUAUAAGAAAAAUUAUGGAAAUUCAAUUUUCUUAACCUAUUUAUAUUUAUUUUGAACAAUGAUUUAAAUUUUCAUUUUAAUGCCAACAAUAACAUUAAUGUCUUUUUAUUUUCAUUUUUAAAACGAAGUUAAUGAUUAUUUUGUCAUAAUGGCAGUCAGUUCACUGACCCAUGCUCUAGCAAGGAUUUUUACUUUUGAAAUUAGAAAAUAGGUAAAUGUUUUGUCAGAAUUGUAUCACUACAAUCUCUGAGGAGUUUUAGUUUAAAAACACACACAGUCAUGUCUUAAGUGUCCUUACUGUGGGAUAAAUGCACAUUUGUUAAUACAUUCACAUCUGAAAAAGCUGAAGUACAUGCUUGAAACUUGAGUCUGCUAAUGUAUUGCGGUGUACACAGUGUUACUGACCAAAACAGUUCUAGCUGGGACAGAAAAGGUUAUUUUUUGUCCCAGGUUUUUACAGAAUUUUACAGAAUUAUAUCAGUUUGUAAUCUUGUGAAAAUUUGUUCAUUAUGAAGGCUCUUAUAUUUUUUGAGCUCUGAGAAUAUUUGAGUUUGAUAAUAAGUAUGACAUAACUUUAGUGACAAGUAGUAAGAAGCUGAAUCUCCUUAUUGUUUUAUUUGUAUGUUUUAAUGUAUUUAUGUUUGUUUAUGUUAUAGUUGAAUUAAAAUAUUUUUAAACUUG